AUGAAAAGAUUAGGUUGUGCUCCCAGAUUUACGACGCCUAACCAUCCAGCUGGGAAUGGCCUUAUAGAAAGAUAUAAUAGGGUGUUCAAAAAUUCACUCCAUCACAUUAUCAGAACUGAUCCGAGUAAUUGGGAUAAAUACAUUCCAUAUAUGCUUUUUGCGUACAGGGAAGUUCCUAACUGUACGACGGGUGUUUCGCCAUUCAAGUUGAUGUAUGGACGUGAAGCACGAGGACCUCUCGGUGUUCUAAAAUCGAGCUGGUGUGGUGAUAUUGCCAUUCCGUUAAACAUGGAGAAAUCAGUUGUGGAUUAUUUACAGGAGCAAAAAAUAAACUUAGAAAGAGCUGCAGAGGAAGCAUCUCUCAUCGCUUCUGGCAUGAUCUUUGAAGAUGAUGCAGACUUUGGAGAAGUUUAUUCAUCCCCCAGUUAUAAAAAUGUAUGUUACUGGAAAGAGAUAUUUGAUCAAGUGGAUUUGCGACAUCUUUCUGAGGAAGUGAAAUGUCAAAUCCUGAACUUAUUGGGGAAUCAUCGUUCAAUAUUUACCGGACAAGUUAGAGUUGCAAAGGUUGGUCAUCACAAGAUAAAAUUAGAGGACGAUAAAGAAAGGAAAAACCUUACGUGUACAGGAUUCCCGAAGCGUUGA